UCUUCCAAUCAGACGUUUAUUUACCUGCUCCAGAAAAAAACAUGAAUUCUACCGAACUUGACGAAUGUUUCGAUUUUGUCAAAGCCUUGGUGCUCAAAUGUGGCGCCAUUGUCAAAGCUGGACAGCAAAACAUCGGAAAAGUCGAUGCGAAAACUAUUUUUAGCGAUAUCGUCACAAAAUACGAUAAAGAAGUGGAAAAUGUUCUAAUCAACGGCAUCAAAGAGAAAUAUCCAGAGCAUUGUUUCAUUGGAGAAGAGUCAUCGAGUGAAGAUGAUAAAAUUCCUGCAUUGACAUCGAAACCGACGUGGAUUAUUGAUCCGAUCGAUGGAACAAUAAAUUUUGUCAAAAAUAAUCAGUAUUUUUGCAUCUCCGUUGGGCUUGUCGUGAACAAGGAGACAGUUUUGGGUAUCAUUUAUGCGCCUGUCACGGAUGAUUUUUAUGCGGCGCGAGCUGGAAUGGGAGCGACUUUGAACGGGAACAAAAUUUCCGUGAAUUGUGUCAAGGAUAUGCAAAAAGCACUUUUAGGACAAGAAGUUUCGCUAGCAGGCUUGGAAUCGCGUCGCUUAAAGACAAUUGAACGCACACGAGCAUUUGUGACACACGCUUUGGGCAUCCGUUGUUUCGGAUCGGCAGCCCUUACGUUAUGUUACGUCGCCAAAGGACUCAUUGACGGCUUCAAUGUCGAAGAUUUGUAUCCGUGGGACAUUUGCGCGGGUGCUUUGAUCGUACAGGAAGCCGGAGGAAUGGUAAUUAACGCAAAUGGGGGAAAAUACGACAUCAUGAAACCGGAUGUCAUUACCGCUUGUACUCCGGAAUUGUGUGAGCAAAUGUUGAAAAUUGUCCGCGAUUCCGAUGAAAUUAUCGAAAAACUGAAGCAAUAAAGAUUUUUUCGCGAAAUAAUUUUUUUU